UGCCGUCCUCGCAGCUAUGGCGGCCGCCGUCCUGCCGGCAUGGGUGGCUCUGCAGUCGAGAGCAAGGACUCUGCGUGCAUUCUCCACCGCCGUGUACCCGGCCACUCGGGUCCGGAGACCUGGCCUGCAAAGAACAUCCAGAGGUGAAAAGCCGCUAAAAAGAAAGGCACUACCUCCUAGGACAGAGAAAAUGGCUGUUGACCAGGACUGGGCUAGUGUUUACCCUGUUGCAGCACCAUUUAAACCCUCUGCAGUACCUCUUCCCGUUCGAAUGGGGUAUCCAGUAAAAAAGGGCGUGCCCAUGGCAAAGGAGGGAAAUCUAGAACUUUUAAAGAUUCCCAAUUUUCUGCAUUUGACUCCUGUAGCAAUUAAAAAGCACUGUGAAGCUCUUAAAGAUUUUUGCACUGACUGGCCAGCCGCACUUGACAGUGAUGAGAAAUGUGAGAAGCAUUUUCCAAUUGAAAUUGACACCAGUGAUUAUGUUUCAUCAGGACUAUCUGUUCGGAACCCCAAAGCACGAGUAGUAGUCUUAAGAGUAAAGCUUUCCAGUUUGAAUUUAGAUGACCACGCAAAGAAGAAAUUAAUUAAGCUUGUAGGAGAGCGAUACUGCAAGACCACCGACGUGCUUACCAUCAAAACAGAUAGGUGUCCUUUAAAGAGGCAGAAUUAUGAUUAUGCAAUGUAUCUACUAACAGUGUUAUACCAUGAGUCUUGGAAAACUGAAGAAUGGGAAAAAAGUAAGACUGAAGCAGACAUGGAAGAGUAUAUAUGGGAAAAUAGCUCUUCAGAAAGAAAUAUUCUGGAAACACUUCUCCAGAUUAAAGCUGCUGAGAAAAAUACGGAAGUAAAUAAAGAAGAGCUCCUCGGUACUAAGGAAGUUGAAGAGUACAAAAAGUCUGUUGUUAGUCUUAAAAAUGAAGGGGAAAAUGAAAAUUCUGUUUCUCAGUACAAAGAAUCCGUGAAGAGACUAUUAUAUUUGACAUGAAUUACGGAGUAGAAAAAUCUGCUUGAUUUAUUAAUUUUAUGAUAUAUGUAAUCAGUAUCUAAUUUGAUAUAAAAUUGAAAAUGUU